ACUGGGGCAGCUUCUGAACACAGGCUGGGCCUGCUCAUGCUCAGCCUGCCGAGUGGCCGCCUCCUUCAGAGUGUGUCAGCACCCCCGGGGAUCAGGGGCGAUAUUCUCCCGCCGAUUUGUGCAACAGAGGAGAGAGAUGCCUCAGGAACAGUACACACACCACCGGAGCGCCAUGACCAGCUCUGAGGGGCCACAAGUAUACAAAGUGGGGAUUUAUGGCUGGCGAAAAAGAUGCUUGUAUUUCUUUGUCCUACUCCUCAUGAUUUUAAUACUGGUGAACUUGGCCAUGACCAUCUGGAUUCUCAAAGUCAUGAACUUCACAAUUGAUGGAAUGGGAAACUUGAGGAUCACAGAAAAAGGUCUAAAACUAGAAGGAGAUUCAGAAUUCUUACAACCUCUCUACGCCAAAGAAAUCCAGUCUCGACCAGGUAAUGCCCUAUACUUCAAAUCUGCCAGAAAUGUUACAGUGAACAUUCUCAAUGACCAGACUAAAGUGCUAACUCAGCUAAUAACAGGUCCAAAAGCAGUAGAGGCUUAUGGCAAAAAGUUUGAGGUAAAAACCGUUUCUGGAAAAUUGCUCUUCUCUGCAGAUGAUAAUGAAGUAGUAGUAGGAGCUGAAAGAUUGCGAGUUUUAGGAGCGGAGGGCACAGUGUUCCCUAAAUCUAUAGAAACACCUAAUGUCAGGGCAGACCCCUUCAAGGAACUAAGGUUGGAAUCCCCGACCCGGUCUCUGGUAAUGGAGGCCCCAAAAGGAGUCGAAAUCAAUGCAGAAGCUGGCAACAUGGAAGCCACCUGCAGAACAGAGCUGAGACUGGAAUCCAAAGAUGGAGAGAUUAAGUUAGAUGCUGCAAAAAUCAGACUACCUAGACUGCCUCAUGGAUCCUACACACCCGCAGGAACAAGGCAGAAGGUCUUCGAGAUCUGCGUCUGCGCCAAUGGGAGAUUAUUCCUGUCCCAGGCAGGAACUGGGUCCACCUGUCAGAUAAACACAAGUGUCUGCCUUUGAAAGACUAUCCAUAGUGGACAUUGUUGGCAGCAUAAAGGCCUUUUUUGGCUUUAGACACUGACUGCCAGCUAUUUUUACUAGAACACAGAAAGCCUAUCAAAGACCUUUUGUGUGUGUGUGUGUGUGUGUGUGCGCGCGCGUGCGUGUGUGUAUGUUUGAGUGUGUUUGUGUGUGGGGGUGGAUAUAAAUAUAUAUAAAUAUAUAUAAAUAAAUAUAUAUAUAUCCUCUGUAUAAAAUGAGGUUUCAGUACAAAAGGAACCAUGGGUGACCCUGUGAUAUCCACUGUCAUUUUCCAUCCCAUCCCUACCACCCAAGUGACAAAAAUCUAAACACUAAUUCAGGCCCAACAUUCCCCAGGCUGUUCAGAUUCACACAGUGUUUUGGACACUGACAGAAUGUUCACCCACAUGUUCAGCUAAUAGUGUAUCUUCCCCUUUUGUGUCAAUAGGAGGGAGUGAUGGCGGGAAUCUCCAAGUCACACUCAAGCUCUCAGAACCUUGUAUCAAAACAGAGGUUUGGUUUUCUUUUUUAGCACUUACAAGGCUGGCCAACUUCCCUCUCUUUAAGUGAGGGAAGGGGUAGCUUCAUACAAGUCAGUGCAAGAACUCAAAAGGGCUGCCCUCCCUUUGUAGCCAAACAUAUCAGGGCUUUUGUACUUGGAGGAGGAUGAAUUUCAACAACUUUGGAACUGCUCACAAACUUCUGCUAUCUUGCUUUCCCACAGUCAAAUUAGGAGCUGUAAAUUAGCGCAAAAUAAGAUAACAGCUGCUCCUCUGUUGGCUGGAAGCUACUCAGUGGCCUGACAGGCAAAGAAUAAAUGGGUGAUACUAUAUGUACAUCCCUGUUUAAAUGAAAAGCAGCUCACAAGCUGUUAUGUUUUCCUUCUGACUUUAUCCAACAAAUCCCAACCCCAAAUGAUCAGGUCAAUCAAAAAUGUCUAACAGCAGAAGUCCUACCCCAAGAGAAGCCAUUUCAAGAUGGAAGUUGAAUUAAGAACAGCAUGUGGAACCCACAUUUUACAGUUCUUGGGAAUGGCAGGUAAUGUGGAGACAUGCUUUUGAUUUUUAAAAGCAUGCACAAACAUUCUAGCUUUGAUCUUCUUGUAUGUUUUAUCAGUGCUAGGGCUUCACAUUCUUAAAUCUACUGUUUUCUCCAGGAAUCAUAGAUCCAAAAUACUACAUGUUGCCAGAAUUGCUCACUGAACAUUAACGCAGAAUGAGUCAAGUGUCUUUAUCAGAAUUACUGUGUGCCCUGGGGCCCAGCGUCACCCACUGCCUCAUAUGUGGGAGCAGUACUCUAAUUCCCGCCAUCAGCUACCUCUCCUCAACCUACCUUCAUCAUCAUGCUCCAGGGUCACCCUGGCCGGCUCUUGUGCUGGGACAGGGGAUUACAACAUCUCUGUUCAAAGAGGGGGAAAUGUGCCUAUGCCUUAAGUCAAUGCACUCAGCAAGGAGAAGCACAUCUUAUUUAUCUUGUUACCUGUAGUUUAUUUUGGGUGAUUGGUGGGGAAUGGUUUAGUCAUGACUGGGCAUCUUUUUUUUUUUUUUUUAACUAUUUGCAAGUUUUUAUUUUCCUGCCAAACAAAUGAACAUCACAUACCACUUACAUUAUUUCAGAAGGCCAAAAUUAGGGGGUAAAAAUAUCUUAGGCUUGACGAUGCCUACGUAUGCUUCCUGUUUGGCCCUUCCUGGGCAUCUUAAGAGCUGACAGACAAACCAAGUAGCUGACAGAUGUGGACUCUAAGAAGCCCAGCAUGGAGAUGUUGCUGUCUUGGAGUCUGAGAUUGCCAUUUGGAGAGCCCCACAAUCAAAUGAAGUGAUAUUUAUAGGCCUGAGUGGUGUCUGUUGAUUUUGUUUCUUGUUUUUUGUUUCUCUCAAUGAGAUUCUAAUGUUUCUUACUUCACAAGAAGGGAAAGUUUUGUCAUAGGAAAUGAAUGAGAGAUUUGAUGGUUUUUAGAUGACAUUCAAACAUCAGGCUGAGGCUUGCACACUGUGUGUCGCCUGGCCACUAAGAAGGGAGAAAUGGGCAGGCCUGGCCUGGCCUGGCCACCAAUGCUGUUGCCAGGCUCACUCCAGGCAGAAAUCCCCACACAGAAGGACAAGACCAUAGGAUUGGUUAGUUUACAGCACUAGGGUCUAAAAAAUGAAAACCAUAAAAGAUAUCAGAUUACUUUAUAAAAGUAUUAUUAAUACCCUGUAGGCCCAUGCUGCCAGAACCUACGUAUUAUCACAUACAGGGUUUUUACAAGACAGAAAAGGCCCUUCUUGGCUACUGGGAGGACCUGCCCCAUGUCAUUUAGGUAAACAAUAUUAGCUAUAAGGUCUUUUGUGAGUAACUACCUAAAGGUAGUUCUUUUUUUUUCUUUAUUUUCAAAGUAGAAAGACCAUUUUUGCACUUCAACACAAUCUAUGGGUGACGAGAAAGCAAAAGGUCCCCAGAACCUCUUUCCUCUCAUUUUUUUCUAUCAUCACAUGAAAGACCAUGAUCAGCAUCUUGGAACUUUUAUGUUAAUUUAAAAAAAACAUGCAAAAUUUGAUCCUAGAGGUAAUCAGAUAACAAAAAAGAAGAAAAAUAAUAAUAGCAAUCAAGAAUAUAAACCAAGGACCUAUUGGGAAUAGCCAUGAUAUAAAAUUCAGGUUUUCAUUCAAGUAAUAAGUAGGAAAUUUGUUAUUAAAUUUGAAAUCAUGUAUUUCAAUUCAGACUUUUACUAGAAAUUAGUAAAAUAUAUUCUAAAUUCCUCAAUGUACAUCUUCUGUCUCUUAACACCCUCCAACUAGAGUAUUUUUCUGUGGUUAUCAGAGAAAGUUUUAUCUGAAUUGUGGGGGGAAAUAGCUUUUACAUUAAAGUCUGCUAGCCCCUACUUUAAAAAAUGAGAUUCUUUCUAAUCUUUAUAAAUAUUUUCUAGACAAUCACACAUUUGGGUAUAUUAAGCAGCUGGCAUAACAAACAAAGAGUUCAAACAAAUCUUCAAUAUACUCAAAGUUCUAGUAUGUUAACACUCUUCAGAAGAUUUUUAUAAAUUAAAAAUUGAUCCCCAAAUGUGUUUAGUACUUAAUUCUAUUUGAUAUCUGCUCAAUAAGUCAUAAAAGGUCAGCCUUGGGAAAAUUUAGAGUUUGACAGAGGUUUUCAAAAGCCUUAUGGAGGGGUGGCAUAUAUCUAUGUAGGUGGAAACCUGACAGCAGUCUUAUAAUUAUUAUAUUGCCCAAGGGAUAAAUCUUAUAAACUUGAACUGGCUUUUAAUUUCCAUUAGGUCUUCUUCCCUUUGGAUAUUUUUCAUCAUCUAUCUAGCAACCAUACGAUCAAAGAUCGCUUGAGGUUUGACCCCAGAAUGGGGGUCAGCAAACUAUGACCUGGAAACCAAAUCUGACUGACUCACCACCUGUUUUUGUAAAUAAAGUUUUGUUGUAACAGCCACAUAUGCUCACUUACAUGUUGUCUAUGGCUGAUUUCACACUACAACAGCAAGGUUGAGUAGUUGUGUUAGAGAUUUCACAGCCCACAAAACAUAAAAUACUUACUAUUAGAUACAGCCCUUUAUAGAAAAAGUUUGCUGACACAUGAUAUGUGUUGGAAAUAGCAGGAAAAGGAGCAAAUUUCCUGAGGGUAGGUAGUUACCCUACAUUUCCAUAUGGGCUUGGGAAUGUGAAUAUUUUGCAAGGUAUCGUAAGAGGGAAGUUAUCCUUUAUACUAUAUGCAGAAAGCCUGCCCUACACUAUUUGGGGUUGUGAUCCACCUGUCAGAGAAACAGACUCAGAGGAUUCUUGGGAAUAAAGAGGAUAAAGUAAAGGGAAAAGGAGAGAUGUGAUCCUCCAAAGGUCAUUUCUAAAGACUGUUAAUAGAUGGUGCUUCCUCAGGUCAGCACCAUUGUGUGACAAGAAGGAAAGCAGGGGAGCCUAUGAUUUCAAUUUAGAAUCUAUUUCCUGAAGAGAUUAUUUCUGCUGUCUCCUCAUGUACAGAGGUUUCCACCUCACUUUCCCAUACUCAAGAUGCCUAUUCCAUGGUCCUACUGACAACAAUUUUGACUUAACAUCCCCUUAGUUAUCCACACAUCAGGUGAACUAACUUGUUCCUCCUUCCACACUAGGUAUUGGUGGAAACAAGAAAUAAUUGUAUCGGAAGAAGCAUCUUAAAAUAUGUAAGAACAAAAUAUAAAUUCUUUUUAUAAAGCUAUUACUGGGAGAAAUCAGAUUUAUUCCAGUUUAGUUUUGUUUCCAAGAAUCUGAGUAUUUGUUCUCUGAGUAGAGAGAAUGCAAGGAAAGGACAUACUUUGAAUUGUGACAUCCCUGCUUCUAUACCUUUUGCUAAUACAAAGCUUUGUACUCAAUAUUGUCAAAAUAAUAUCAUUUAUGAAUGACUCUUGUAAGUGUAUGCAUGUUGGGGAGGAUUUUUUUUAAUGCAAACAACCAUUUAAGAGACCCUAAUCAAUGUCACUAAAGGGAACCCCUCAGCCUUUUAUCUGGAUACAGCUGAAAGAGGAUUAAUUUGGCUACACUGCCCUUAACAGGAGCGUCUAGAUAAGAAUAACUUGCUUUAGGCAAAAGGUAGCAUGAUGUUUGGACCAAACAGAUCCUUUCCAGCCCCUGAUACUUAUUUUUCAAAGCUCUGUGAAAAGUGCAAAAAUCUCAUUUCAUCGGAUUGUAAACAAGACCAGUUUACAAUCUUCUUCCCUCUUCCCCUUGCCCCAGGAAAUCUUAGGCGCCAAAAGGAUAAGGAAGCAGUUCCUGGAAUGAUAAUAUUUGCAUGAUACCUCAGUAGCAGAUGGGGGAAAAGUUAUAAUAAAAGAAACACCCUUAGAAAACAGACCUUUUAUCUGAAAGAUAAAAUGUCUUUCUUAUGGUCUUUCAUCACUAUCUCCUUGGUGGAAGGUUCCCCCAGUUCCAACAUAUUUCCAUUCAAAUAGUCAAAGUUCCUGCUUUGGGAUGUCAGAUGCAUCUCUUUCUUUAUGGUAUUUGGAAUUUAAAAUUACACAGUUACCUCUGAAUUUGUCAUGCACAAAGCCAAACCAUUGAUAAGAGAUAAAGCAGUCUGAAGCCUGCGGCUUCAACCGCAGCACACCACACACAUUAGCACUUUCCAAAGCAAUGUGAUUUCUAUGGUUCUUAAAAGCUUGCUUCAUAACGAAGUCCUUGAAGUUUCUCAAGGCAGGUCUGAAUGGCAAAGGGGAAAAUAAUUACUUGUGGGAGAUUCUCCUUUUGGUUAUUGUUAGAGCACAAGUGUAAAAGAAAAUACCCUCCUUGGGACAACCCAGGCUCACAUAUGAUAUUUUUUGGUGUUCUCCCCCACCUUCCUUCUUUAGAUACUGACAGUGUAGGAAAUUAGCAUCUUCCUUUGAGAAAGAGUGAAAAUAUUGCAAGCCCUUGAGGCAACAGGAAAUAUAAUGUUGUAAUAGUAUUAACAACACUAUCAAAUCCAUCAAUAAACCAACAGCAAUACUUGCCACUCCUCAACUUGAGCCCAGCAGGUACUAUUUUCAGCACCCACUUUCAGGUUAACCAUUGUAAUAGAACAAAGGAAGAUUUGCUAUAGACAAGAAGCAUGUUUACUUAGAGCAGCGGUUCUCAACCUGUGGGUCACAACCCCUUUGUAACAAUGAAAAUACAUGGUGGCAUGAGGAAGGUUGAGAACCGCUGACUUAGAAUCUGAAUCCAUCUGUUAUAAUAGGGAGCUAGGGUGGUGUUCCAAAUGCCUCAACAGGCAUGUAGACACCCUCACUUAGUAAGGGAAUGGUGUUUCUUCAUCACUCAACAUGUGGUAAUCUAAGGUCAGCUACAUAAUACAAAUAUGAGGCUUCCUUCUGGGAGAAGAGAAAAAGAAAUAGCUCCUCUAUCUAAAAUCUACCCUGCAUACUUCAUACCUAGAAUUAUCUAGUAGCCCCUAGUUAUACUUUCCUUUUCCUUUCCUUUUCUUUCUUUUUCUUUUUUUUACUUUUUUACUUUUCUUAUACUUUCUUUCUCCUUUUCUUUUUCUUUCUUUUUUUUUUUUUUUAGAUCAAAUAGCUCAAAUUUCAUAAAGUGAGUAACUCCAAACUGGUUUAUUAGAUUAUAUAGGAGCAUCAUACAUAGCAAAGGAUUUGUCUGAGGUCAGGAAGAUGACAGUUAUCAGUAAUGAAGACAAUGUUUCUUUAGUUCUUGAUUCAUCUUACUCAUGGUAUUCUAACAUUUUGGGGGCAAUGGAUUCCUUUGGCAAUCCUAUUAAAUCCAUAAAACUUCUUCACCAACCCCCCCCAAAAAAAACUCAUACAAAAUUUUGCAUAUAAUUUUGUGAUUACUAGGUUUUCUUGGACCCAAAGCCUAUCCUAAAAUAAGGAAAGAAUUGGAUUCUAUUCAAUUAUAAUUAUCAAUUAACAGCCAUUGAGCACUUACUAUGUGCUAGACACUGCCCUAAAUGUGUUACAUACAUUCACUUAUUUCAUUCUCAAAACAAAUCCUCUGAGGAGUAUUCUAUUAUAGUUCCAAUACACAGAUGUAAAAACUGAGAGAUUUAAAGACAUUAAAAAAACUUGCCCUAAGCCCCUAGCUAGGAAAUGGCAGAGCUGGAACUUAGGUCUAACUCCUGACAACAAUGCUAUAAAGGCACAAACAUGUCAAACUGUUGAAAGACAUUCCUUACCAGAUUUUAGACUAGCUCUUCUUCAUGGGGCUACAGAACAUUUAUCUCCCUACCUUUCCUAGUCUCUCACCAUGAUGGCAUAGCUACUAAAGUGCAGGUAUUGAAAGUCUGCCUGAAUAGUAGAAAUUUAGAACCGAAAAAUAAGUUUGUUCUGUGAUUCUUGUCAAGUCAGUAUUAUUUUCCUUACAGGUUGGAAGAUACUUAGGUUGUUAGCCUCAUGUUUAGGAAAACGGUUUAAUACUCAAUGAUCUCUGGGAGCAGCUGAACAAGUCUGUGUUUCUGUCCACAUAUAUUUCCUUGACUUAGUACCUCCCUUCAGAAGACAAAUGUUUUACUUUAGGUGUGGUCUUUGAUACUGAUUAGUCAUUGUUCUUUGCUGCCUUUAAUUGAGGCAAAACUCAAAAAGGGAAUCAGAUAAAGGACUCAAUUAGCAUUAGAGCUUCAAUGUCAGGGCUGAGCUGGCCACUUUGGCUCUGUGAUAGCUUAAGCCCCAAACCUCAUACCUUGCCAGUCAUCAUUAAUGGGCGAAAGCCUUCCCUACAUGCAGAAUUCUUACCAGAGGACUCGGGCUAUUACUACCAACUCAUCUGAGUUGGAAAUGGAACCCAUUUGUCAAUUUUGGUUUAAACAAUGGCAUCCUUUAACCUAGAACCUGCUCACUUUACCCUGAUAUGUUAGCUUUAGCAAUGAGGUUAGUGGUAUUCCAACGAGAAGGGAGAAAAUGAGUGUAUCAGAAGUUCCUUACAACUUUGGAUACUUCCAUCUUCUGAGCAAAGAGAUCAGGGUUUGAUCUGUAAGAGUUAAAAGACAAAGUCAUUUUGAAGAAUUAGCUCAACCAGGGAUCAUCCAAAUAGGUUAUAAACCAGAACGCCCUUGUCAGGUCCUGCUGUCAAACCACCGUCACCCAAAGCUGAGAGGGCCAUAGCAGCAAAGAGACUGGGGUCCAUUUUGUUCUUACGUGACUUUUCCAGAACACAUUUAUGAUCCUUUGGGGGGAUUGUGCAUAGAGUACCUCACUGUACCAAACAGACUCAGUCCUGAGGGGAGUGCCUAUCUGGCUAAACCUCUCCAUAAAAGCUUAGAAAAGGAUGACCCCAUAAAUGUCAAAGCCUCUAUUUUAGGAUAAGUCAGCCAAGAAUUUUCUUUUUAAUGGUUUAGAUGUCCAAAUGGCAAGCCAGGAAUGGGUACCUGUAAAGGAUUUCAUUGAAAUAACCUCACCAGAGCCAGAUAUCUGGCUACCUGGAAGACAGGGAAAAUCCUAGCAAAGUAAAGAGAAGCAUUGGCACAUCUAAAUUUUGACAAAUACAAAACUAAUUUUAUUUUUAUUCAGUGAGGAGGGAAUGAUGUUUUCUGUGUGUUAACCACAGGCCCCUGUCAAGUUUCUCCCUUUUUGAGAUCAUGACAAAGCAGAAACACACUUCUUAAGGGGGUCAUCUUUUAGAAGGAAAAGGCAGAGGAUAUCCAUCAUUAUUCUGGCUAGAUGCACUGUUGGAGAAGCCAGAUUCUAAUGUUCCUAACAGAACAGAUGAGGUCAUAAAGUCUCACUUGCUUGGAGAUUUUGAAAAAGGAACCCCAUCCCAUAAAUCAAUUGAGUUCAGCCUUUGGGUUAUUUUUUGUUUUGGUUUGGUUUUUUCUCCGGGUUUGGUUGAUGUAAGAAGAGCUUUUUAGUUUUGUUUUGAAUAACAUCAAUCCUUGCACACUCUAUGCAAAAAUUUUGUAAGCAUUGCAAUAAUGCUAUGAAUUACAAGGAACUAUUUUAACUUUAUUACACUUUCUGUAUAAAAAAUUUGUAUUUAAUAUUAUUUCAACUGCAGUCUUGUAAAAUAUAUUAAUAAAAAUAAUGAUUGGUAAGAAGGAAA